CCUUGUCCGCUUCCAUACCAUUUUCCCGGAUGCUCGGAGUGGAGGUCCUCUUCCCGACAUCGGCAAACUGGUACUCGUCGCAUGUUGCAGAUGCGUUGCCAGAUGGAACGGUCGUGGUUGCCACCAACCAGGUUUUGACAGUUCUAGCUGCUACGGUGCGGCAAGUUACUAGCAUCUUGCCAUUGCGCAGCCGGGUGACUGGUGUGGCCAUUAGUGAGGACAUCCUGGGAGCUUGCUGUGCAGAUCGGGUGGUGCACGCCUUUCGCCUCAAGUCCUUGGAGACCUUUGGGACUCACAAGGAGCAUCAUGCAGAACCAUCAGCAAUGGUGAAUGUCAAGGGGUUGAUCAUCACUGGUGACAAACGUGGUGCCCUCUGUUUGUGGACGCCCGGGGCAGCUACGAAGAGUGUUGAGAGGAUGGUGCCACAAAAGGAGGCUGUGAUCUCUUUAGCAGCAUCAGCUUGCAGCACGCGUCUGGCGGUGGGCUACCACUCCGGCACUGUUGCACUAGUGAGUCUGGAGAGCCACCGGUUUUACUGCUUCCGCUUGCGAGCAGCAGUGCAGGCGCUUUCUUGGUUGCCCAGUAGCAAUGGGCUGGUCACGGCCUGCCAAGAUCAGUCAGUGCAACUCUGGAGGCUCCAAUCUAAUGCUGCAGAAGAGGAAGCUAUUGCGGAGUGCCAGAUUGCACCAGCUGCCGGGUCGCGGGAUGAAAGCAAGAGCUGGACAUCGGUCUGUGCCCUUUCUGAUGCCCUGGUUCUCUUCAGCGGGUCCCGCGGCGAGUUGUUCUGCUGGGAGGAAUCUCGACAGAAACCGAGUCGAGCAGCGCCUAUUCACACAAGACCCAUCUUUGGUAUGAAGGCGGUGGGCAGUGACCACGUGCUAACUACUGGCAUGGACCGCUUCAUCGUCCUCUGGAGUGUGGCAUCGGGCUCCCCGCCACAGAUGAAGUGGAGAUUCUGCAGCCUGGGAGGUCACGUGACCGCCCUUCGCGUGGAUGCCAACAUUGCGUGCAUAGGCUGUGGUGACAACAGCCUUCGCGUCAUGGACUUGAUGCACCGGGAGCACCGUCAACACUGUUGGGUAGCCUGGAAAGGGCUUCGUACCGCUGUGACCAGCCUGGCUCCAGCUGGCACGGGAGUUUGGGGGUAUGGUCUGCAGGAUGGAAGCUUCGGCGUAGUGGCGGUGAAUAGCUCUGAAGGACCUGGGCCAGCUGAGCCGCUUUGCAGCAGGAGCCAUCCUGCCCCGGUCACCAGUGUUUGUUGGCUUCGCUUCGCGGACAUGGCGGAAGCUGUGACAGCAGAUGCCCCAAAAGCAGAUGACGAUCAAACCGAAGCACGAGGCUCCAAGAAAGGCAAGACCAAGAAGGAAGACAAGAAGGGGUCCAGUGAUGAUUGCAGGAACCUGAUCCAAGGCUUGGCGUUGAUCUCAUUGAGUGCCGGACACAAGGUCUUUGUCACGCCGGUCAAGGGCACAACCACAACUCUUCAGUUGCAGCCGCUCGCUGGAGUGGCAGCAUCACCCCGUGCUGCUGUCGUUUGGCCACUUGGAAAGCCUUCCAAAGGUGAAGAGAUACUGGUGGUUGCAGCCAUGCACAAGGCCGGUGAGGCCACUGUGGAAAGCAACAGCUUCCAGCUCUUUCAGCUCGAAGGCAGAGAGGAGCUCCGCUGCGUUGCUGUUGUACCGGCCUUCCGGAUGCAAGCUGAUGGCCUUGAUGGUGGUGCGCAGGCCAUGUCUUUGCUCGGGCCCAAGUUGGGCCUUUGGGCCUAG